ACAUAGACGAGUGUGCCCGGGGGCUAGACGAUUGCCAUGCUGAUGCCCUGUGCCAGAACACACCCGCCUCCUACAAGUGCUCCUGCAAGCCUGGCUACCAGGGGGAGGGCAGGCAGUGUGAGGACAUUGAUGAAUGUGGAAAUGAACUCAAUGGAGGCUGUGUCCAUGACUGUUUGAAUAUCCCAGGCAAUUAUCGCUGUACUUGUUUUGAUGGCUUCAUGUUGGCUCAUGAUGGUCAUAAUUGUCUUGAUGUGGACGAGUGCCUGGAGAACAAUGGCGGCUGCCAGCACACCUGUGUCAACGCCAUGGGGAGCUACGAGUGCCGCUGCAAGGAGGGCUUUUUCCUGAGUGACAAUCAGCACACGUGCAUCCACCGCUCCGAAGAGGGCCUGAGUUGCAUGAAUAAGGAUCACGGCUGUAGCCACAUCUGCAAGGAGGCCCCGAGGGGCAGCGUCGCCUGCGAGUGUAGACCUGGUUUUGAGCUGGCCAAGAAUCAGAGAGACUGCAUCUUGACCUGUAACCAUGGAAACGGUGGGUGUCAGCACUCCUGUGAAGACACAGCUGAGGGCCCUGAGUGUAGCUGCCACCCACAGUACAAGUUGCACACAGAUGGGAGGAGCUGUUUUGAGCGAGAGGACACUGGCCUGGAGGUGACAGAGAGCAAUGCCACAUCAGUGGCAGACGGAGACAAGCGAGUGAAACGGAGGCUGCUCAUGGAAACGUGUGCUGUGAACAAUGGAGGCUGUGACCGCACCUGUAAGGACACCUCGACCGGUGUUCACUGCAGCUGUCCGGUCGGAUUCACCCUCCAGUUGGAUGGAAAGACGUGUAAAGAUAUCGAUGAGUGCCAGACUCGAAAUGGAGGUUGUGAUCAUUUCUGCAAAAACACUGUGGGCAGUUUUGACUGCAGCUGCAAAAAAGGAUUCAAAUUAUUAACUGAUGAGAAGUCUUGCCAAGAUGUGGACGAGUGCUCUUUGGAUAGGACCUGUGAUCACAGCUGCCUCAACCACCCUGGCACAUUUUCUUGUGCUUGCGACAGAGGGUACACCCUCUAUGGCUUCACCCACUGUGGAGACACCAACGAGUGCAGCGACAACAACGGUGGCUGUCAGCAGGUCUGUGUGAACACAGUGGGUGACUACGAGUGCCAGUGCUAUCCGGGCUACAAACUCCACUGGAACAAAAAGGACUGUGUGGAAGUGAAGGGGUUCCCGCCCACAAGUGUGUCGCCCCACGUGUCCCUGCUUUGCAGUAAGAGUGGUGGAGACAGGUGCUUCCUAAGAUGUCACUCUGGCAUCCGCCUCUCUUCAGGACUGCACGAGGCCUACUCUGUCACCUGCGGCUCUUCUUCUCCUCUCAGGAACAAACAGCAAAAAUCAAAUGACUCUGCUUUUGGGGAUGUCACCACCAUCAGGACAAGUGUAACCUUUAAGCUAAAUGAAGGCAAGUGUAGUUUGAAAAAGGCCGAGCUGUUUCCUGAGGGUCUGCGACCAGCACUACCAGAGAAGCACAGCUCAGUAAAAGAGAGCUUCCGCUACGCAAACCUUACAUGCAGUUCCGGCAAGCAAGUCCCGGGAGCCCCUGGCCGACCAAGCGCCCCCAAGGAAAUGUUUCUCACUGUUGAGUUUGAGCGUGAAACUUACCAAAAGGAGGUGACAGCUUCUUGUGACCUGAGCUGCAUCGCAAAGCGCACGGAGAAGCGGCUGCGGAAGGCGCUCCGCACGCUCAGGAAGGCCGCGCACAGGGAGCAGUUUCACCUCCAGCUCUCAGGCAUGGACCUCGAUGUGGCUAAAAAGUCUCCCAGAGCAUCCGAGCGGCGGACCGAGUCCUGUGGAGUGGGCCAGGGCCAUGUAGAAAACCAGUGUGUCAGUUGCAGGGCUGGGACAUACUACGAUGGAGCACAAGAACGCUGCAUUUUAUGUCCAAAUGGAACCUUCCAAAAUGAGGAAGGACAAGUCGCUUGUGAGCCAUGCCCAAGACCAGAAAAUCUGGGAGCCCUGAAGACCUCAGACGCUUGGAACGUGUCUGAAUGUGGAGGUCUGUGCCAACCUGGUGAGUAUUCUGCGGAUGGCUUUGCGCCUUGCCAGCUCUGCGCCCUGGGCACGUUCCAGCCGGAAGCAGGCCGUACUUCCUGCUUCCCCUGUGGAGGAGGCCUCCUCACCAAGCAUCUGGGAGCUACUUCCUUCCAGGACUGUGAAACCAGAGUUCAGUGCUCACCUGGACAUUUCUACAAUACCACUACUCACCGGUGUAUCCGUUGCCCAGCGGGGACCUACCAGCCCGAAUUUGGAAAAAAUAACUGUGUUUCCUGCCCAGGAAAUACUACGACUGACUUUGAUGGCUCCACCAACAUAACCCAGUGUAAAAACAGAAGGUGUGGAGGGGAGCUUGGUGAUUUCACAGGAUACAUCGAAUCCCCGAACUACCCAGGCAACUACCCAGCCAACACGGAGUGCACGUGGACCAUCAACCCACCCCCAAAGCGCCGCAUUUUGAUCGUGGUCCCAGAGAUCUUCCUGCCCAUAGAGGAUGACUGUGGAGACUACCUGGUGAUGCGGAAAACUUCUUCAUCCAAUUCUGUGACAACAUAUGAAACCUGCCAGACCUACGAACGCCCCAUCGCCUUCACCUCCAGGUCCAAGAAGCUGUGGAUUCAGUUUAAGUCCAAUGAAGGGAACAGCGCCAGAGGGUUCCAGGUCCCCUACGUGACGUACGAUGAAGACUACCAGGAACUCAUUGAAGACAUAGUUCGAGAUGGCAGGCUCUACGCAUCUGAGAACCACCAGGAAAUACUGAAGGAUAAGAAACUGAUCAAGGCUCUGUUUGAUGUCCUGGCCCACCCCCAGAACUAUUUCAAGUACACAGCCCAGGAGUCCCGAGAGAUGUUUCCAAGAUCCUUCAUCCGGUUGCUGCGUUCCAAAGUGUCCAGGUUUUUGAGGCCUUACAAAUGACUCUGCCCAGGUGCCGCUCAGUACAAGCGUUCUGCUGUGGGCUUGGUGGGGCAGAGCCGUCUGCCUUUUGCAUGCCGGUGUGCAGCAUGUCGCUGCCUCCGGUACCAGUGACUCGUCAGAGUUCAACUUCUAUAGAUAAUACAGAGAUUUUGGUAAACUGAACUUGGUUGUUCUUUGCCACCGUUGUGGGGUGGAGUGAGCCUGGCUCUCAGGGGCCCCGGCUCGCCAUGGCCGAGGGCAGAUGUCUUGGAGGCAGGGAGAGCUGCUGGGCUGGCCUUCAGACAGUGCAGGUGAGACUCACCUGUCCUUCUGGGUUCCUGCUCCUCCUCCGGGACCCUGUGGUGCAGAGGAGGCCGUGGAAGGGGCUGCUGUGUCUGAAGCUUCAGCUUCCUCAGCGCAUGGGCAGGCUCCAACCAGACAGAACAGGCCAGGAAGGAGGUGGGGAGCCCUCUAGGGUCAUCCGUCUACAUUGAGACCUGGCGGUACCCUGGCUCCCCACAGCCUUCUCCGCCCCACGGGGUCUGUGAUCCCAGGAGCUGGAGUUCUAAGCAGCAGUCGUUAAAAAAACACUGAAAACAGGAAGAAUAACAAAACCCUCAGCCCUUCCGCUGACACCAGUGUGCACCUGCGGUCUGCCUUCCUGGCUGCCCGUGGUGCCCUGCUGCCAGUGCCCAGAGCUGGGGUUUGAACCUCUAGACACAGCUGCGUGCUGCAUUCAGCCUUGGAGCUCAGGUUGGGCAUGACCUCAAGGGGCUGGAGGAUCAUCCACCGCCACAAGGAGAUUUCAGCAAGCCCAAGUCAGUACUGCCGAAGGUCCUACCUCUGCCAGGGACUUCCCGCCAUAGGGGCCGAGGUCCAGAUGCUGCCCAGCCGAUCUCUUGUGCCUUCCUUCCCCACCCUCUCAGGGCAGAGUGGCUCUGCUGAGACGACCUGGGCAGCACCGCUAGGGAAGUGCUUGUUGUCUGGGGGCCGUGCCCCAGCAGGAGCAGCCGUGUACCCGCCUCCUCAUGCCAUCUCACUUUGGUUAGCACGAGGGCUAGCGAUCAAUCUCUAGCCUCGAUCAAUCUCUCCGAUAUGAACUUGGAUUUCCAAUAUUAUUGAGUUUUCCAACAUUUAAACCCGUAGGCAAAAUCUCAUUACAAUGGAUUGAAAAAAGUCAACAAGCUGCCACUUCCCUCAGGGAAGGACUGACCCCACGGCCAUAGUGUCUUGUGAUUUCUGUGUUAAUUCACACAACCGAUUCUGUAUACCAAAGUACUAAAAAAAGUUUAACAAGUAUUUUUUAAGAAGACAAAGUCUGUUUCAUUAUUAUUGAACUUGCUUUCCACCUCAGUGUUUUUUUUUUUUUUUUUUAAAUUCAUUUAACAGUAUCAAUUCUUUUUAAGUCCUAAUGAGACUUUUCUUCUUUAUUUGGAAUUUGGUCCUCAAUGCCCAUUUUCAGAUUUCUCUUCAAAAGUUUAAAUGUCUUCAUUAAAAAAUAAAUCACUGAAGCAAG